CACCUCUGCCUCCCGCCCCCGGGGCCAAAGUACAAAGGGAGGAGGAAGAAGGGAACGGGGUUGGAGCCAUCGGGUUGAGAGAGCCCAGCCGGGAAGAGGCAGCUUGGCCCAGCUAGAGACACUCCAGCCACCCCCUGCGCAAAGAGACCCAACCGGAGUCCAGGCGCUGCCCCUUGCCGGCCCCACCUUACACUUGGCGGGUGCCGGAGCCAGACUCCCAGGACUGCUCCAGACUGAGGGACGCCCGGGCCCCUCUGUGCCAGCCAUGGUGAGACGCCGGAGGCCCCGGGGGCCCACCCCCCGAGCCUGACCACACUGCCCUAGGUCGCCUUCCUCCGGAAGCCCGAGAUGCGGGGGGCCGGGAGGCGACACUCCUGGCUCCCCAGAGAGGCGUGGGUCUGGGGCUGAGGGCCAGGGCCCGGAUGCCCAGGUUCCGGGACUAGGGCCUCGGCAGUCAGCAAGGGUGGGGACCAGGGGCACCCAGGGAAGGUCCCCCACACCCACCAACGCCAGCUCCCAGCCAUGGAGCCCUUGAAGAACCUCUUCCUCAAGAGCCCGCUGGGGUCAUGGAACAGCGGUGGCAGUGGGGGCAGUGGGGGCGGCAGCGGAGGUUGGCCAGAGGGAUCCCCGAAGGCGGCAGCUUAUGCCAACCCUGUGUGGACAGCCCUGUUUGACUACGAGCCCAAUGGGCAGGACGAGCUGGCCCUGCGGAAGGGCGACCGUGUGGAGGUGCUGUCCCGGGAUGCAGCUAUCUCAGGCGAUGAGGGCUGGUGGGCGGGCCAGGUGGGAGGCCAGGUGGGCAUCUUUCCGUCCAACUAUGUGUCUCGGGGCGGCGGCCCGCCCCCCUGCGAGAUGGCCAGCUUCCAGGAGCUGCGGCUGGAGGAGGUGAUCGGCAUCGGUGGCUUCGGCAAGGUCUACCGCGGCAGUUGGCGAGGCGAGCUGGUGGCUGUGAAGGCAGCUCGCCAGGACCCCGAUGAGGACAUCAGCGUGACAGCUGAGAGCGUGCGACAGGAGGCCCGGCUUUUCGCCAUGCUGGCACACCCCAACAUCAUUGCCCUCAAGGCCGUGUGCCUGGAGGAGCCCAACCUGUGCCUGGUGAUGGAGUAUGCUGCCGGCGGGCCCCUCAGCCGUGCCCUGGCUGGGCGGCGUGUGCCCCCCCAUGUGCUCGUCAACUGGGCCGUGCAAAUCGCCCGUGGGAUGCACUACCUGCACUGCGAGGCCCUGGUGCCUGUCAUCCACCGAGACCUCAAGUCCAACAACAUUCUGCUGCUGCAGCCCAUUGAAGGUGACGACAUGGAGCACAAGACCCUGAAGAUCACUGACUUCGGCCUGGCCCGCGAGUGGCACAAAACCACGCAAAUGAGUGCUGCGGGCACCUAUGCCUGGAUGGCUCCCGAGGUUAUCAAGGCCUCCACCUUCUCGAAGGGCAGCGAUGUCUGGAGUUUUGGGGUGCUCCUGUGGGAACUGCUGACUGGGGAGGUGCCCUACCGUGGCAUCGACUGCCUUGCUGUAGCCUAUGGAGUGGCCGUUAACAAGCUCACACUGCCCAUCCCAUCCACCUGCCCCGAGCCCUUCGCACAGCUCAUGGCCGAUUGCUGGGCGCAGGAUCCCCACCGCAGGCCCGACUUUGCCUCCAUCCUUCAGCAGUUGGAGGCACUAGAGGCGCAGGUCCUGCGGGAAAUGCCGCGGGACUCCUUCCAUUCCAUGCAGGAAGGCUGGAAGCGCGAGAUCCAAGGCCUCUUUGACGAGCUGCGGGCCAAAGAAAAGGAACUACUGAGCCGCGAGGAGGAGCUGACCCGCGCGGCGCGUGAGCAGCGGUCACAGGCAGAGCAGCUGCGGCGGCGCGAGCACCUGCUGGCCCAGUGGGAGCUGGAGGUGUUCGAGCGCGAGUUGAUGCUUCUGUUGCAGCAAGUUGAUCGCGAACGGCCGCACGUUCGCCGCCGCCGCGGAACCUUCAAGCGCAGCAAACUCCGCGCGCGCGACGGCGGCGAGCGCAUCAGCAUGCCGCUCGGCCCUGUUCCAGCACUGCCUGCGUGGCCUGGGAGCUGCCGAGGGGCCCUGCGGCUUAGGAUCCAGUCUCUCCUUCACCACAAACCUGCGCCCUGCUUCCCCCCAACCCCAGACUUCAAACACCGCAUCACCGUGCAGGCCUCUCCCGGCCUGGACAGGAGGAGAAACGUCUUCGAGGUCGGGGCUGGGGACUCGCCCACCUUCCCCCGGUUCCGGGCCAUCCAGUUGGAGCCUGCAGAACCAGGCCAGGCAUGGGGCCGACAGUCCCCAAGACGUCUGGAGGACUCAAGCAAUGGAGAGCGGCGAGCAUGCUGGGCCUGGGGCCCCAGUUCCCCCAAGCCCGGAGAAGCCCAGAACGGGAGGAGAAGGUCCCGCCUGGACGAAGCCACGUGGUACCUGGAUUCAGAGGACUCACCCCCCUUAGGCUCUCCUUCCACACCCCCCAUGCUCAAUGGUAACCCCCCGCGGCCGAGCCCGGAGCCCGAGGAGCCGCGGAGGCCGGGCCCGGCAGAGCGCGGCAGCGGCUCCGGGACGCCCAAGCUGAUCCAGCGCGCGUUGCUGCGCGGCACCGCCCUGCUCGCCUCGCUGGGCCUCGGCCGCGACCUGCAGGCCCCGGGGGGGCCGGGCCGCGAGCGCGGGGAGCCCCCGCCAACGGCCCGCGCCCCGCUGCCCACGCCGUCCCCCGCCGAGCCGCCCCCCUCCCCGCUCAUCCGCCUCUCCCCCGAGAUGCCGGACGCCCAGGCCUCCCCGCUGAGCCCCGACGCCCCCGGCUCGCCCUCCCCCGCGCCCCUGCUGCUGGAACUGGGUGUCCCUGCCGGCCAGCCAUCGGCCAAGAGUCCCCGGCGCGGAAGCGCCGUCUCGCCCCCACCAGGGAUAUCACGCUCGGCUCCCGGCACCCCAGGUACCCCACGCUCACCGCCUCUGGGCCUCAUCAGUCGACCUCGGCCCUCACCCCUUCGCAGCCGCAUCGACCCGUGGAGCUUUGUGUCAGCCGGGCCACGGCCUUCACCCCUGCCCUCGCCACAGCCUGCGCCCCGCCGGGCACCCUGGACCUUGUUCCCAGACUCAGACCCCUUCUGGGACUGUCCACCCGCCAACCCCUUCCGAGGGGGCCCUCAGGACUGCAGGGCGCAGACCAAAGACGUGGGUGCCCAGGCCCCGUGGGCGCCAGAGGCAGGGCCCUGAGUGGGCCGGGCUGCUCCCCAUGGCCCCACCGCCCGCCAGGAGCCGCAGCGAACGCUGGCAUAGGAGCCGGGCAUGCCUCUGUAGCUGCCCUGGUUCCGCCCAGGGACCCCGCCCCCUCUGGGGGUCAGGAACACUACACUGCACAGGAAAGCCUUCACACUGGAUGGGGGACCUGCACCCCUCCACACCUGCAACGUGUGGGUCCCCCGACUUACCCGCCCCACUGGGGCCCAACACUGUACCCAGCUGGUUGGGAGGACCAGAGCCUGACUCAGGGAAUUGCCCCCAGGGGUGGUGCA